AUGGCCGCCCUGCGAUCCUUUGGAGGAGCGCCGCUCCGAUGGGCCGCCUCGGCGCGCACCGCCGCCCUCCCCUCCGCCGUCCGCUUCAACUCGUCGAGCAGCUCGUCGACCUCGGCCAUCGCCUACAAGGCGCUCCGCCGCCGCUCCGCCCCGCUGCCGCUGACCGAGGCGCCACCCUCGUGGUCCGCGCAGGCGGCCGUGUCCAACAUACUGUACGAGACGCCGACGCCGAGCAUGGCGCCGCCCAAGCGGCACAUCCUCAACUGCCUGGUGCAGAACGAGCCCGGCGUGCUGUCGCGGCUGUCGGGCAUCCUGGCCGCGCGCGGCUUCAACAUUGACUCGCUGGUCGUCUGCAACACCGAGGUCGAGGACCUGUCGCGCAUGACCAUUGUGCUGACGGGCCAGGACGGCGUCGUGGAGCAGGCGCGGCGCCAGCUCGAGGACCUGGUGCCCGUCUGGGCCGUCCUGGACUACUCGAGCGCGGCGCUCGUGCAGCGCGAGCUGCUGCUCGCCAAGAUCAACAUCCUCGGCCCGGAGUACUUUGAGGAGCUGCUGGCGCACCACCGCGAGAUCACCACGGGCGACACCGCGGCAGAGCCGGAGCUCGCGCACGAGAACAGCCAGUCGCUCGAGGAGAGCGCCGCCCGCGACUUCCACCCCAGCAAGCUGGCCGCCUCGGAGGCCCUCCGCCACAAGCACGAGCACCUCAAGACCAUCACCUACUUCACGCACCAGUUUGGCGGCAAGGUGCUCGACAUUAGCACUGUCAGCUGCAUCGUGGAAGUCUCGGCCAAGCCCUCCAGAAUCGACUCCUUCCUCAAGCUCGUCGCUCCGUUCGGCAUCCUCGAGUCGGCCCGCACCGGUCUCAUGGCCCUGCCCCGAUCCCCUCUCAAGGGCCCCCACGAGGAGCAGCUGACCCUCGAGGCCGACGAGAUUGUCGACGCCAGCCAGCUCCCCCCCGGUUAA